UAAUAAAAUUUUAAAUAUCGCCAGUUAUAUUAUACGUAUUAUAUGCCAGUUUAAUGAUGCUUUUUUCGCACUUUUCAUUCAUAAUUUUAAAACAGAAACACGCGAUCCAAAAAACAAUAGUACUGUGAAUAUUUUAUUUAUGCAAGGUAACAAUGUAUCUCGAUCCAAUCGAAUGAAACUUGGAACGAUAGCGAAUUUGUCGUGCAAAUCGUCUUACAAAUUGCCUGUGAUGGGUGAUCCAGCAUUUCGUGCAAUCACUUGUCUCGAAGAUGGAUCAUGUGGACCAUCGUUUCUUCCAAUUUCCUCCAUAAUGCGGAAUACUCAUUUCACGAGGCAACACGCUGUUCGUGAACGGAUUCGACGCAGAAUUUGGAGUAUUUCCGUGGCACGUUGGUAUUUACAGAAGGAAAAAAGAGGAGCACGAGGAAAUUUGUGGAGGCGCUCUCACAUAAGCAACAAUUUAGUCGUAUCAGCCGCCCACUGUUUCUGCAACGAGGUUUACAACAAAGUGGAAGACAAAUCGAAGUACGCUGUGGGCAAACGUUAUCGCGAUUGGAACGCGGAGAAUUACGCGCAAAAAUCGAUGCUGGCCAAUAUCUCGUUGCCGAUGUUUAGGAGCGAAUUCUCCCUUCCCAAGACAUUGCCCUUCUCCUUUCGAGCCCUUUUUGGUAUCGAUCUUCAUGGAUAACUCUUGUUCGGUAAGGAAAUAUUGGAAAGGUAAGAUCAUUUUGUUAUUAAUAAUUAAUAAAUUAAUAAAGAAUGUAUUGGAAGAUUUCCAAACGUUUCAAUUUUAUAAUUCUGAAUUAUUUUAUCGUUAUUCUUCUACUGCAAUGUUAAAUAUUUAUAAACGAAUUUCUGAGUCGGAAUUUAGAAGUUUCCUGUUAUAAAAUAAGUAAAGUGUUUAAUUUUCUUUAAUUAAUUUAAGAUUUAUGAUUAAUUUCAGAAAAAAAAUUGUGAGUUAUUAUGAAUAGAAAAUCUAUUGUAAUAAAGUCGAAUGAAUGAAAUAUGUAUAUUUGUCUACUCUAUUAUGUUUGAGAAAUCAUCGUCUCAUUUUUCCACCGAGCUCUCCAAUUAGAAAUAUCGAAUGAUUGGACGCAACGUAUUACAUUGAUUAAUUUCAGCUGUCGCACAGCUGCAUCGUUGGAACGCUGCUUUCUCACCAGAUUUCCGGUCUUUUUACUUUCAUUUCCUUCUCCGUGACUGGUUUCAGCUGGCUAAUUAAGUCACGCCGGAUUAUAUUUCCGUAAUUAAUUCGCAGCGACGUUGUUCUAUCCCAGCAAUUAAUCUAUCCCUCCUCCUUUUUGAUAUUUCAAUUUUUUUUUAAUUUACAUUUUGCCAAGAGAAUGUCUCUCACAUUUGUGGAUAAUAAAUGAUAUUAACAUUGAUUUUCUAUUGCAGGUCUGGCUGAGCUAAAACGAUCGAGGAUCUUUCAAGCAGGAAAUCAUUUCAUCUAUUCCAUAUAGUCAAUGUCAAUCUGAUAAUUUUAAUUAAGGAUACAUUAUUUCUGACAAGUUCUGUGCUGCUCGAUUAAACAUAUAUGAAAUAAUUAAAAUAAAAAUUGGACAAAUCA